CCGCUGCGCCUUUGUCCCUCCGGUAUGGCCCUGUCACCACUCCUGCCGUCCCUACCGCUGCUGCUGCUGCUACUGGAAGUCCCCGCUGUGACGCGGGCGUCCACAUUGGCCUCCCAGAGGGUGGCCGCCUGCAAGGUCCAUGACCUGUGUCUGCGGGAGCCCCUCAAGAAGUCCCCGGAGCUGCUGGUCAAUGUGAGCCUCUACUACGAGUCCCUGUGCGGAGGCUGCAGGUACUUCCUGGUUAGAGACCUCUUCCCAACGUGGCUGAUGGUCAUGGAGAUCCUCAAUGUCACCCUGGUGCCCUACGGAAACGCCCAGGAGCGGAAUGUCAGCGGCACGUGGGAGUUCACGUGCCAACACGGGGAGCGGGAGUGCCAGCUGAACAAGGUGGAGGCCUGCCUGUUGGACCAGCUGGAGAACAGCGCUGCCUUCCUCACCAUUGUCUGCCUGGAACAGCUGGACGACAUGGAAAAACAUCUGAAACCGUGCCUGGAGCUCUAUGCCCCCGAGGUGUCCCCAGACAGCAUCAUGGACUGCGCAACCGGGGCGCGCGGCACCCAGCUCAUGCACGCCAACGCCCAGCUGACAGACGCGCUGCAGCCGCCCCACCAGUAUGUGCCCUGGAUCCUCGUCAACGGGAAGCCCCUGAAAGACCCCAGCCAGCUCCUGAGCCUCGUCUGCCAGCUGUAUCAGGGUGAGGAGAAGCCAGAUGUCUGCUCCUCCAUGGCCACCACCCCCAGGGAGGUCUGCUACAAGUGACCAGGAGUUAGUGUCCCAGGACGGAAAGGACAGGAAGAGCCAGAACCCAGCUGCCACCCUUCUUCGGAUCCCCAACCCUGGGCAGAUACGACUCACCAACUGGGGGACUUCUAGACAUCCCACAAAGCCCAGACCCAAAAUUCCACCCCGUGAUCCAGGGUUCUGCCUCACUGAGAAUGGUGCAAGAUUGAAAUUCAAUUAAUACAUAAUAAAUCCAUCUGGUUGUGAUGA